AAGUCCCAAAUAUGGGCUAUUUGAGAUCUUCUUUUGUUUUCUUCCUUCUUUCUUUUGUGACUUAUACUUAUGCUACCACUUUUGAGGUUCUAAACAACUGUCCAUUCACCGUCUGGGCGGCGUCGACCCCGAUAGGCGGUGGCCGACGUCUUGAUCAAGGCCAGACUUGGGUCAUCGAUGCACCGAGGGGCACUAAGAUAGCACGUAUAUGGGGUCGUACUAAUUGCAAUUUCAAUGGUGCUGGUAGAGGUUCUUGCCAGACCGGAGAUUGUGGUGGGGUCCUGCACUGUACUGGGUGGGGCAAAUCCCCAAACACCCUAGCUGAAUAUGCUUUGGACCAAUUCAACAACCAAGAUUUCUGGGACAUUUCUUUGGUUGACGGAUUCAAUAUACCGAUGACUUUUGCCCCAACCAAUCCCAGUGGAGGAAAAUGCCAUGCAAUUCAUUGUACGGCUAAUAUAAACGGUGAAUGCCUUGGUCCACUUAGGGUACCUGGAGGAUGCAAUAACCCUUGUACCACGUUCGGAGGACAACAAUAUUGUUGUACCCAAGGUCCAUGUGGUCCUACAGAUUUCUCGAGAUUUUUCAAACAAAGAUGCCCUAAUGCGUAUAGCUACCCACAAGAUGAUCGUACUAGCACAUUCACUUGCCCUAGUGGUAGUACAAAUUAUAGGGUUGUUUUUUGCCCAUAAUUAAUGCCGCAAUAAAACAUAUUUUGCUGCAAAUGGUAUGAAAAAACCACCAAAACAAUAAGUAUCUUAAAAGGUUUGCUAAACUAUGUUGCCUUAAUGUGAUAAUAAUCUCCUACGUGUGUAAUGUAUAUCUCCCUUCAACUAAUAUAGUUUUAUCAUAAUGAAUAAAUAAUAGUAAUAUCGUACUACUUUUA